AUGCCACCUCCUACCGAUGAAGAGACGCCGUUCCCCUCAUUAGAGCACUCAACGCUCCAUGCGUUCGGCCGUUCUCAUCUCUCCCCUGACGAUGCUUUCGUGUCGCCUCCUCGUGGCCCUCGGGGCCGAAGUCGAAGGCGUAAACGUCCCUGGAAGAAGCUGAUGUGGGUAAAGCAAUCAUACCCUGAUAACUACACUGAUCAAGCGACCUUCCUCGAAAAUCUCCAGCGUAACCCCCGCCUUAAACCCUACGAUUUCUGGCCUCUCGUUGCCGAUUCUACAGUGAUUUUGCAGCAUGUGUGCUCUGUAAUAAUCUUCGUCGUCUGCUUUGUUGGCAUAUUCCAAGAGCGCGUGUCUCCUGUUGCUGUUACAAGUUGGAGCAGCUUCGCUACAUUUGUGGGAUGGAUUCUAUGGGAACGUUGGCUCUCCGAGAUUGAAGAACCCGACGACCCGAGUCUUGGUGUGGCAGCGAAUGUUAUGGGGAGGGCCGGCCGCACCGGUAGCUUGAGACGUUCAACCCGUACAGGGAGCAUCCGGCGUCCGACUCCGCUCCGGAUCGAAUCGGCGCCGUCGACUGCCGCACCAUCUGUUGCCGCCUCUGCUGCAAGCUCGACGACCAACCUCCAUGCGCCCGCCGCGUUACAACGACCAACGUAUGCUUCGUCUGUCUCGUUAGCUAGUGGUAUUGCGCACACACCGCGAGCCAGCCAGGAACAUCUUCCUGAACUACCUCCUCCGCUCCUGGCAGAAGAAAAUCGAUACCGACAACGAAUUGAGACGGUCAAGUCUGCGAUACUUAUUUACUGCACUCUACUUGGAUUGAGUCCGAUCCUCAAAUCGCUCACACGAUCAACAUCGAGUGAUAGCAUUUGGGCCAUGUCGUUUUGGCUUCUCGCAAUUAAUAUCUUCUUCUUCGACUACUCGGGCGGCGUGGGGGCCAAGUUCCCAGCAUCACUGUCUACAAACGCCGCCCUGAUGGCAUCGACCGUACUGGCCAGUCGACUACCCUCCACCAAGCAGGUGUUCAGCUUGACACUCUUCAGCAUCGAGGUCUUUGGGUUAUUCCCAGUAUUUCGACGCUAUGUACGUCACCGAAGCUGGCGUUUCCACAUUCUUUCAGCGAUUCUGCUGGUUUUGGGGGCCAGCUUCGGAGUAGGCCUCAUACUGCCUGAUCCCAAAAAUACGAAUGGAUGGCCUUGGAAGAGCGGACUGGUGGGCAUGAUUGUGGGAGUAAUAAUUGCCAUACUGGCUACAGGAGGCUGCAGUUGGUGGCUGAUCGGGCUUCAAAAAUACAAGAACGAGAUACGAGGCCCGUGGGACCCAGCUAGACCUAUCAUCAUGAACAGGCCUCGAUGGGAUGAUGAAUCGUGA